CCCCUGUCUCUCUCUCUCUCUACAAUUUGAUUUCACCGCCAUUGAAGGAGUCGCGCUCUUCCUCGUCUCGGAGUCGCUUCAACACUUGACGCCGCCGCCGCCGCCGCCGCUCGUUCUUCAGUUGCAGAGCUAGUCAUGGAUACGUCAAAUCCGGCGGUUUUUGUGAAUGCUGAGUUGCUUGGUAGGUAUGUUGGACGGAAGGUCCGGGCAGUAAUUCAGGUUAUUCGAAAUGAUGGCACGGCGGUAAUUGGAAAAUCUACUGAUGAGAAGCAGAUGAUCGUAAAGGGCUUGCCGCCCUCUCAACUCACAACUUUUGUUGAGGUUAUUGGAAUUGCUGAUGGUCAAAAUUCCAUCACUGCUGAUAAGUGGACCAACUUUGGCGAUAAUUUCGACACUUUUACUUACAACAAACUUUGUCAACUUGCAAAUGGCGAAUACCAACACCUUUUUCUUUGAGGUGCUAUGAGAUCCCUGCAGGUGAAGCUCAAAGGUUUCUGCUGUAUCACACAUGCUAGGAGCGAUGAAAGCUUGAAUGAUGUGAGUCUGCUGUAUUUGUUAUGAUCUCUUUAUUGUAGAAAGCUUUAGGUAGUUCUAAGUCAUGCGGUAUGAUGCCCGCCCAGUCGAUUGCAAACAUAUUUUACCUUCCCUUGAUGCCAGGGUUUAAUUUCUAUCAGAGAUUACCUAUGUUUUGAAUUCAUCAGAAAUGCAGUUGACAUGUUCCUGAGCCUAUCUUUGAUGCUCAGAGGUGAGAGUACUUUUGUUAGGUUGUUGAAGAUGGAUAAGGUAGGUAAGAAGUAAAAUUCCCUUGGAUUUGCAUU